GCCCCCUGUCCACCUCUCCUUUCCCCCGCGGCGGUCCCCGCACGGCUCCCUGGGUCCCCGAAGCGGCGGCGGCGGCGGCAGCGGCGGUUUGUGGUCGUUGGUCCCAGAGACUUGUGACCAACAUCCGAAGACCGAAGGGAGGUCUUAACGUGGGUGGAUGCUUGGAAACGCAGGAUUCCUCUACCUUUGACUCCCAGGUUUCUACUCCGAGAUCUGGUCUUUAUUGAUUAUUGUGCAUUGGAAAGCUCCUGGAGGGACAGGAACAGCCUCAACUGAUCCUUCUCAACCAUAAUACGAGGGCAGGCAGCCAGACACGGAGGCGAGGCGAUAGAUAAAAGGAAUUUUGGAUGCAAAACAGGGCAAUAAAUCGCAACUAUGAAUGAAGAAAAUCUAGAUGUAACAAAUGGAUGCAGCAAAGUUCGAACUGGUACUCAGAAUGAAGCAGCCUUGUUAGCUUUAAUGGAAAAAACUGGUUACAACAUGGUUCAAGAAAAUGGACAAAGAAAAUUUGGUGGGCCACCACCAGGUUGGGAAGGUCCACCUCCACCUAGAGGGUGUGAAGUUUUUGUAGGAAAGAUCCCUCGUGAUAUGUAUGAAGAUGAAUUAGUUCCUGUUUUUGAAAGAGCUGGAAAAAUAUAUGAAUUCCGACUUAUGAUGGAGUUUAGUGGUGAAAAUCGAGGAUAUGCUUUUGUGAUGUAUACAACUAAAGAAGAAGCCCAGUUAGCCAUUAGAAUUCUUAAUAAUUAUGAGAUUCGUCCAGGGAAAUUUAUUGGUGUGUGUGUAAGUUUGGAUAAUUGCAGAUUAUUUAUUGGAGCUAUUCCCAAAGAAAAGAAAAAAGAAGAAAUACUGGAUGAAAUGAAGAAAGUUACAGAAGGAGUUGUGGAUGUCAUUGUUUAUCCAAGUGCAACUGAUAAGACCAAAAAUCGUGGUUUUGCAUUUGUAGAAUAUGAGUCCCAUAGAGCUGCUGCUAUGGCAAGAAGAAAACUUAUUCCAGGAACAUUCCAACUCUGGGGCCACACUAUUCAGGUAGAUUGGGCAGAUCCAGAAAAAGAAGUUGAUGAAGAAACAAUGCAGAGGGUUAAAGUUUUAUAUGUAAGAAAUUUAAUGAUCUCUACCACAGAGGAAACAAUUAAAGCAGAAUUCAACAAAUUCAAACCUGGCGCUGUUGAAAGGGUAAAGAAACUUAGAGAUUAUGCUUUUGUUCAUUUUUUCAACCGAGAAGAUGCAGUGGCUGCUAUGUCUGUUAUGAAUGGGAAAUGUAUUGAUGGAGCAAGUAUUGAAGUAACACUGGCCAAACCAGUAAAUAAAGAAAGCACUUGGAGACAACAUCUCAAUGGCCAAAUUAGCCCCAAUUCUGAAAAUUUAUUGGUGUUUGCUAACAAAGAAGAGGGACACCAAAAAACUCUAGGAAAACCACCAAGUCUUCCAGCUCGUCUCAAUGGUCAGCACAGCCCAAGCCCCCCAGAAAUUGAAAGAUGCACUUACCCAUUUUUCCCUGGAACAAAGCUUACACCAAUAAGUAUGUAUUCUUUAAAAUCUAAUCACUUCAAUUCUGCAGUAAUGCAUUUGGAUUAUUACUGCAAUAAAAAUAAUUGGGCACCACCAGAAUAUUAUUUAUAUUCAACAACAAGUCAAGAUGGAAAAGUACUCUUGGUAUAUAAAAUAGUUAUCCCUGCUAUUGCAAAUGGAUCUCAGAGUUACUUCAUGCCAGACAAACUAUGUACAACACUAGAAGAUGCAAAGGAAUUGGCAGCCCAGUUUACUUUGCUUCAUUUAGUCAAAACAGCCAGUCCAAUUAAUAGCUCUGUGUAGACACAGCCUUAAGUUCACCAAUCUGGAAUUUUGUCACUCUUAAUCAUGAUAAGCAAGAAGCAUCAUUAAGAAAUCUUUUGCGUUCAUCCUGAUAUAUUCAUGCAUUUUUGAAAAGUAAGAAUAUUCUUCACAACAUUGUGUGGAAAAAUUAAUUUGUAAAAACUAUCAUGAGACUGAGCUUUUCUGAGAUAAAAGAGUUGCAAUACCACUUUUUCCCCCUGAUUUUUUUUCCUGUCUUUUAAAAACCAAAACCAAAACCAAAAACCUUUACACUUUUUUCUCCUCUUGUUGGUCUCCAUUUACAGUGCUCUCCCAGAGUUUUGGCAUUUCUACCAGAAACAUUCACUGAUCAAUGAUUUCUUGAAAGUCAACAGUUAAAAAAAAAGAAAGAAAAGAAAGUACUUCUCAUCAGUAAUGGUUCUUGGCAACCAUAGCUUUAACCUUUAAGCCUUAAAAUUUGUAUAUUGGGGUUCCUAGCAAGAAUAGUGAGAACAGACAGCAAAAGAAAAUAGACCAAAUAGUUUACAAGAGAAGAUAAUCUUACACAUUAUUUUUUAGCAGUGUUGUUCAGAUUCAUUAUAGACUCUGGUUUGUAAGUGAACCUUUGGCAACAGUAGUAGUAUCUUAAGUAUUAGAUUUAGAAGGAAAUUGUAUAUGCAGAUCUGAUUGCUUUCAGUAAUUUAAUCAUCAUGAUUUUUCUUGAUUAUAUAAGCAUUUGCAAACUCUACCCUCAUUCUGAUAAAGACAGUUUACUUUAAAGUUAUAAGAUGAAAAAGUGACAAAUAGUCUUUGAAUUUAGUCAGAUAGCUCUAUUGGUAAGCUUUCCUAGAAUAGUUGCUAAUAAACUAUUAACUUAGUCAUGUAGCAAAUUAUAAGUGAUAUAUAGCCUUUAUUUUUAUUUUUCCUUUCUUUACAUACUCUUAAAAUCUUGACACCUUAUAAACCUAGCACAUGCUUUCGCUACACUAAUUUGUUAGUUCUUUAGAUUGUUUUUUUCUGCCCAUUUUGUUGUUCCUAUGAAAAGUUGGUAGCAUAAAAGGAAAUUGUAUGAUAAGCAGAGGUGUAUACUUCUAGCUCGACUCUGUUACAAGAAGACAUUCAUGUAAAGAAUAGGUAAGAGAGUAGUCAUUGUUAAUUUGCACAGACCUAAAUAAAACCAAAUAUCUGUGCAGACUCAAGAGUCCUAUUUAUCUUUGCUAAUGGGUACAGAGGUUGAAGAAAAGAGGAUUAAAAUGAGCAUGUCUCACUUAAAAAUCUGUAGCUAUUCUCAAGUUCACUGUUGCCAUCAAUUUUGGCCUGGUAGUAAGCUUUUUUUGUUAGCAUCUAAUAAGCAGCAACAUUUUACCAAUUUAAGUUUCUUUUCUCUCAGUCUCAAGUUAUUUGAAGGAAGGACUAACAAGAAAUUCUUAUGGCCUAAAAGUAGGAAAUAGGUAGAGCCCAGGGCUUAACAUUCUAUUUGUGUACAAAACAUGGGAUUUACACUUUAAUCUGUUUGACCCAGAUUAUGGAACCAGAUGGAUAAGUGCUUGACUUAAAGAGCAAUAAUGAUAAAAGUAAGGGCUUGUUAGUUAGAACCAGGAGAUGUAUUCAGAAAGCCAGUUUUUAUGAGUUCUGGGGUAAAGGAGAUCUGAGGUCUAGGAAAAUUGAGUUCCAGGGAAUUUAAGAUUCUAGCAGAACUGGUUAUAGAGAUAAAGGUCAAAACCUUGAUGAUCAGAGAGAUCUGAAAAAUAGAAACUUAAAAGCUAUAGGCAGAACUAGCCAAGUCAAUUCAAUAUAUAUGUAUUAGAUACCUACUAUGUGCAAGUACUUUUGUUUCUGAUUUUUUCCUGCCUUUUAAAAAAACUGUUAUACUUUUUUUCUCCUCUUGUUGGUUUUCAUUUACAGUACUCUCCCAGAGUAAUGUAAUUUCUAUUGGAAUUUACCUGAUCAAUGAUUUCUUGAAAGUCAACAGUAAAAAAAAAGUGUCUCCUAUCAGUAAUGGCUAUAUACUCUUAUGAGGGGUUAGAAAUGGUAUGCAAGCAACUACUACUAUAUGUAAGCAUCUGUGCUACACAGGGGAUAUGAAGACAAAAUUUAAAAAGUCUCUGCCUUCAGUGAGCUUGCAUUCUGAAUAUUUUGCUUCACCUUUGAUUUAUAACAGCCUGAAUGCUUUUCUAGACCUUGGAAGGCAAGGUGUAUUAUGUGUAACUUGUGAUGAUUAAUUUAUCCCUUCAGUACAAGCUGGGACUAAAGGGUUUCCUCAGAUAAUGGUGGUGUCUCUUUAAAAUAAAAUAUAGUGGGAGCAACUAGAUAGCUCAGUGGAUUCUGAGAGCCAGGCCUAUAGACAGGAGGGCCUAGGUUCAAAUCUGGCCUCAGAUAUUUCUCAGCUGUGUGAGCCUGGGCAAGUCGCUUAACCCCAUUACCUAGCCCUUACUGCUCUUCUGCCUUAGAACCAAUACACAGUAUUGAUUCUAAAAUGGAAGGUAAGGGAUUUUAAAAAAUCAAAUAUAGUUGUAAGAGCUCCAAGGUGAGAAGAACUUUGAGAUUCUUAUGAGGUGCCUAUUAUCUUAGUUUGAAGUUUUUGUUAGGUCUUCACAAUGAUUUCUUUUCCAGGGAAUGUGAAGAUGAAGGAGCUCACUGUUUAUUUUUCCUCAAAUCUUCAGUCUGAUUUUCUAGAUAGCCAAGUUUAGCAUUUAAGCUUAAUUUCUAGUUUCUACUCACUUUUAAAAAUUUGGCCUCUACUGUAGUCAUAUUUAAGUAUAACAUCAUUUUAAAGUUGGAUUGAAGUAGUUUUGAUUUUGAGUUUCAUGUUAGAAUGGUACUGUCCAGUAUUGAUUCAUACUGUUAAAUUCCUGUGAUCUAUAUCUGAUCUUUGCUUCAGUGGAUCUCUGAUUUCAUGAAUGUAGGUGUACUUUCCACUGGUUCAGAUCAUGACCCUACCCAUCUUGUACAAUUCUUGUCCAUGCCUUAAAAGAGAUUAUUUUCUGAAAACCUCCUCCUUUAAUAUUUUAUGGCUAUUAGUAUAGCAAUUAGGCCACUUAUUUGUUAUUCAUUGUUCUAAAUCACAUGAUUAGCUCAACUCAUUUUUUAUCAUAAAAUUCCUAGAUAUUAUCUCCUUUUCUUGGAUGAAUAUCCUUUUUGGUAAUAGUUUCCACCAAUUUACAUUCACCAUACUUCUAUCCUUUGUUCUUAGGGCUUAUCUCAAUUUUGAUUUUUCAAAAUUUGAAGAUAGGUGGCCUUUAUAAUCUUGGUGUUGGUAUUACAAAAUGGGGUUGUGUGUCAAGGAACAGUUUUGGCUCACUGAAAAUGCAAUUUUCCAUUUGCAUAGCUUUCUCUCCUCUCUCUGUACAAUUAUAGGUUUGCUCUUUGUUUACCUAUGAUGCCUAUACAUAAGUAUAUAUGUGUAUAAAACAUCUGUGUAUUUGUUGCUCAUCCAACUGUACAUCAUGCUCUAGAAAAUAAACAUUCUCAUUAUACUUGUUUGCUCUUAUUGUAGUACAUUGUUAGGUUAAUCACUUUUGAAAGGCUAUGGAUUUUAUGAAGCAUUCUUGGGCUUGAUAUAAUUAGCACAGUUCUGUAUGGAAGGAGGAUUGUGGAGAUGACCUCAUCAUUUAUAAGGAAUUCUGUUAUAUUAUUAUAACUUGGUACAAGACAUCAUCUUUGACGUGAAUAUUUUUGCUAAUUAUUUUCCUGUUUUAUGUUUCAUUCCAUAUUGAUAAUCAUCAGAGGAACAUUGGGCAAAAUUAUAUUGGUGAUUGCAUUUGUGAAGAAAUCCUUCAAGACUUUAAUUUAUGUACGGGCAAUAACUUUAUUGAAAAAGGGCUUAGGGCUUUUAAAGUCAUAUUUUGACCCAUUGAGCCAAGUGCUUUUUUUUUUCUUUUUGUAAUUAAUAGAUAUAUGCAAUGGGAUCUUGCAUGCCCUGGUCAAUUGUUUUCUUUUGUUGUUAACAUAUGGUCUCCUGUAGGAAGCAACCCACAGAAUUCUGGCUACUCUGUUAUAUUUUCAAUUCAUAUGUAGACAGUCUACAUAAAGAUUUUACUAGAGUGAGCAAGUGGACAUGGGUCAGUUGUUGCUAGUAUAUUUAUAGUCUUCUUUCUUUGGUGAUAUCUCUAGACUCUCCCUCCUCCUCCUCUAUUCUCUCCCCUGCUACACACACACACACACACACACACACACACACACACACACACACACACACACACACACACACCCCCCUUCUUUUGCUAUCUUUCUUGAAAUAGCUUGAAAAUCAGUUCCUUAGUGCUGUCAUGGUUGUUGGGUUGACUCAGAACAUCAAAUCUUGUCCAGAUGAAACUGGAUUUAGCUGUGUUUCCCUUCCCUUAGUUAGUUCUCUGUCAUUUGAGGGCUAGAUUUUGUGCCAUACAAGUAUUAUAUUCUUAUCUUGUGUUUUUAAUUUUUUGGUUUUACUAUGGUUAUUAUGCCAUUAAAAUGCGUAAAAGUUGUAGCUCUUAUGGAAUACAUUUCAUUAAUUCUUAGAGAUAUUAUAGAGUCUAUUGGGAUGGGAAAAUUGGACAUUUCAAGCAUCCUUUAAGCCUACACUUAAGCAGGAUAGACAAGAAAAGUGAAGUUGAAAAUGAAAAAUAAUGCCAAGAACUGACAAACUAUUGUUCUGAUAUAGCCAUAAUUUUCAGAAAACAAGCAAAAGCCUUCAGAAGGUCUCAGCAGCUCUGGAGAGGCUGCUAUUGAUUGUUCUGCAAUAUAUUAUCGACUUCUUGAAUUUGGAACAACAGCCAGAAAAACCAUUUUUUUUUGAAAAUAGCUGCUAACCUACAUUAAGAAAAAAUUAUUUAUAAUAGGCAAGAUUAUGUAAAUGCUAGAGUUCUAAAGAUUAAACUAAAAGGUAAUUUUUAUUGAUGAAACUUAUAUUUUUCUUUCAAGGCUAUACCAAAAUUAUUGUUAGAAGAAGUCCAGGUGAACCUGUAUGUAAUAUAUGGGUAUUUUCAAAAGACUGGAAAACAUCCACUGAAAAAAAUACUUUAGGAACUUUACUAUAUGGCCUCAAAGUCUUGUCCAUAUUUAAGAGAAUUAUGAAUGCUGAUAAAAUAUACUUACUUCCUGAGAAGCAGAAUUAUUCUGGAAAUUCAGAAAUUCCCAAAUGAAGAUGGAAUGCUGCAAUAUAAUCUUGUACUAUGCCAAAUAUCAUUAAAGGUUAAGAAAUUUAAGAGAUGGAGAUAAACAUGCUUCAGUGGCUUUCACUCAUUUGAUUUAAACUCCAUUGUUGAAAAUCUUUGGGCUGUAAUCAAGGAUAGACUUGGAAAAAUUGGUUGUUUGUCAAAGGUUCACUUUAUCCAAUGUCAUAUGUGGUUUUAUCAUGAAGAACUAAUGAAUAUUUAUUAAAAUUCCAUAAGCUUAGUAUCAAACCAUAUAAAACAAAUGAUAUUGCAUAAGAACAUACUACAUUAUUAAAAUGAUUUUAAAGAUGUAAAAACAUUGUUAUGUUUAUCAAUAAAGUUAUUUUUUUCUUUAUCCCAUUUAAUUUGCACUAUUGUAACAUAUUGGUAUUGAGCUGUUUGAAUCAAAAUAUGGUAGUUCUACUCUGUUUGAUGAAUGAGAAUAAAUCAUUAUAGAAGUGUAAACAAUGUGAACAAUAUUCUUUCCUGGUUGUUCAUGACAUCUUUUCUUUCUUAAAGUAAGAAUGUUAAUGUGAUUCAAUUCUUUAAAUAGUAUGUAUUAAUGGUAUCAGUGGAACAAAGCUCCCAUAUUUGUGUGCAAUAAUUGGAUGCUGUCAGAUUCAUUUUAUGUUGCCUCACAUUGUGUUCUUCCUUUGAGAGUUAUCUAGAUCUACAUCUUUAAAAGAUCGGAGUUAUUGGUUCUCAGGCUAAGCUUUUUGUAGGCUCAUUUUUUUCCUUCAGGCAUAGUUGUGUUUUUGCAAUUUUAUGUCGCUAUACUGCUUUAGCUACCCUUUCUGUAAUGUUCUAUUGAGGAAUUCUUACUCUAAACCAUUGUUACCUUUUGUCUACAUUCUCUCCUUGGCAAGAAGACAUGUGUUUGUUGUUCUUGAAGCAGUUUCUUGGCUUUUUUUGCUUCCUCAUUGUGUCAACUUCUUUUCUUUAUUAAAUUUCUCUAAGAACAUACUUCUUAACCCAUUUCUCAUUUUCUAGCAUUGGUACCUAAGCAUUUGCUGCAUUACUAGUGUGUUUUCAGAAGUGAGGAUACAAAAACUAGUGAAAAUAUAAUUCCUAACCAUAAGAAACUGCGUUCUAUUUAAGGAGACAAACAUUACAUGUAUAGUUAUAUAAACACUAGAUAACAGGGAAACUUUAAGUGGGAAUGCAUUAGCAGCUAUAGGGGAAAGAAGGGGUUAUGAAGCAGGAUCUCAUGUAGAAGGUGAUACUUGGACUGAUUUUUUAGGGAAACAGCUGUUAAUGAAUAGUGAAUGUGAAGAAAUCGUACAUUUCAGGGAUGGGAUGAAAACAGAGAAAUGAGAUGAAAAUUUCUUUGAAUGAAAUAGCAAGAAGGCCAGAAUGGCUAGAGCAUAGAGUGUGUGAUGUAUAAGGCUGGAAAGAAAAAUUGGAGCUGAUUGUAUAGAUCUUUGAAGGCUAAAAAGGAGAGUUUGUAUUUGAUUCUAGAGAUAAAAUGAAAGCAAAAGGGAGCUCAUGAAGUUUAUUGAGUAGGGGAGGAACAUAGUCAGAUCUGUGCUUUAGGAAGAUCACAUUGCCAGCUAUGUAGAAGAUGGAUUGGAGUGGGGUGAGACAGGAGCAGGGAGAAAAAUUAAGAGGGUAUAUAACAGCAGUCCAAAUGAAAAGAUAUGAGGUCCUGAAUUAUGUGGCAUUGUGAGUAGAGAAGAGAUAUAUUACAUGCUGUUAUCAUACUAUUUUUAUUUUUCCCUAAUCUGUUUUAUAUUCUAAAACUUUUUUCCAAACUAAGCAAUAGUCUGAUUUAAAAGUCUACUGACUCAAAAAUCUUUUUUUUUUUUUUGUAUAUUGAGUUUAUUACUAUCAUUUUUUGGGUUAUCCUGUUUGGAACAUCCUAACUUUCUUUGAAAGAUACUAGAACUCUGAGUAGUCCAUAACUCUUGGACUCUUUUAAUCCUGAAACUUUUUUUAGCAUUUUUUGUUGAUCUUUAUAUUGAAAUCACUAACUAUCAACAAACAUAGUGAAUUGACUCUAAGAAUCUGGAAUAGAUGUUGGUGAUCUUUUCAGUGUUCUUUUAGUAAUUUUCCAUUAAAUGUUUCUCUUUUUUUUCAUUUAUUGUAGAUAUUGAGUAAAUGACAUGAGGUCUCCCAGUUCCUUUAUUUGACUCUUGACAACCUUUUAGCUAUCCCUUCCAUUUACCUAUAAUUUCAUAUUGUCUUUUUGAAAAUAAGUUUUAUUUUGAUACCUUUUGUCAUUUCCUCUGUUAUAUAGAAAAACAAUCCAAAACAGAAGAUGGUGUCUGUCUGAUAAUACAAACAAUAUUUUGUACUAGUUCUUCAUAUCUUCUAGGUUUUUUUUUUAAUAGAAGAAAGGUCUUUAUUAAUGUGGUUAAUUUCCCUCAAGAUUAUAAAUUUAUGAUAGUUGAACAAAAAUCUAAAAUUUUAAAAGUGUCAGGGGUUUAAUUAAUACUUAAAAGUGCUUAAGUAUGUGAUUAAUAUAAAAACCAGAUGCCCACACAAGUGCAGCUGCUUUGCAAGGCAACAAAUGGCUACUCAGAGUCCUGUAGUUUGAAACAAGAUAAAAACCAGAUAAAAUAACUGUGCAAUACCUGCUCCAUGAGCUAGCAUCUCACUCCCUGGGUGCUCAGGUGCAGACAUGGUAACUGUCCCUGCAUCUCUAAGCCAUUUUUUCCUAGUGCCUUUCCAGAUUAUCUAAUACAGAUAAUGUGAAUAUUACCAACAAUGAUUGAUAUUUUUCAUAUGACUAGCCCAUGUUAGCAUGGCCUUGAAAUAAUUACUCACCUACAGAUUAAAGUACAUCUUAUGGAGCUAAAUUAAAAUGAAGAAGUAUAAUGUUAGAAUUCUGGAGUAGCAAAGCCUUUUCUGGGCAGAUUCUGAAAUCUCAAUUCCUAAUCAAACUAGUGUACCUGAUUGUAUAGGAGGACUGAAAAAGCCUCUGCAGGGAAGUGCUCUUAACUUUUUCCCUAGCUCUUCUCAGGGGAAGAAAUCAUUCCAUUACCCUUGGCUCCCACUUCAUUGACUCCUUUCUGUGAAAUUCCUCAGUGCUUAUUUUGCAAAGCUUCUGCUUAGUGCCUUUCCUAGCAAUUUACUGUCUUCAUAGCCACACAUUCCUGGUGGUGUCACUGUUAGGGACCCAGGGUAUGGUCCUAAGUCAGACUGACAAUAUGCCAUUGGACAAGCACCGGUGCUGGAGAGCUAAAAGCCCCUCAGUCUUGUGUGUUUCCAUAUACUACAAUCUCUUGAAAUCACUUGGUCACUUCCAUUUCUCUGAUGCAUUAAGAUGGAGAACAGUGAUGGGGUUAAAUAGUGAUUACCUUGAAGGUCUGCUGCCAGAUAUUACAUUAAUACCAUCAUUCCUUCUUUACAUCACUUUGCCAGCAUUACUAUGGAAGACUUAGGCCAUUUUGAACAUUUGGGUUUUUUCAUUUUUGUCUGCUGCUUUGAUCAAAGAUUUCAUUAUCAUGCAGAUGUUGGAUGGGUACAUACUUAGCUAGGCAGAAUCUUGGAUACUAAGUACAGUAGUGUGCCUGCUGCCACAAUUUUAUCUAAAGCCUUUCCAUUGUGUUAAUCUGUCAAAGCUCUUGUUUUGUUGGCAUAGCUGUUAGCUACCUAAAGUUUCCCCCAUGCCAUAAUCUGUCAACAAGCAUUUGCUAAGCACCAAAUAUAUGGUAUCCAAUUGGACCUAACUUUCUGAAUUUUGGAAGCUCUAUUUAAGUCUUCCUUUUUAAACUAACAUUAUAUUAAUCUGCCCUGAACAUUUCUAUGCAUUUUUCAUUGUAAGAAUAAAUUGAUGGCAUAGCCAUUUGGUGGCAGUUAGGAUCUUUGAGAGGAGAGCAAACGUGAGUCCUAGAAUGCAAGAAAUAUAUAUUCUGUUGGCAUUUUGGGGUUCCUAAUUUGAGUCCCAUAGUUGUACUAUUUAGAUCCAUUUUUUUCUCCUUUCUUGCUUUUUUCACUUAAAAUGGGAGCAUUUCUAAGCAAAUUACAAAUUAACCUACUGAAAACAGUCGAGAGCAAAAUAUAAGAUUAUUGCAUACAACUACAUUUUUCUCUUAGGAAUCUGUAGACUAUUUUGAUUUGUUAGCUAUGGGACAUUUUCCAUCUUACCAUGAUUGAAUUGAAUAAGUUAUUCAUUUACUCAGGUUCUGGAAGCUUAUAGUGAGUAGGUUGUAAAUGGUUUCCAUAAUUAAUGGGUAAGAAUACAGGCUUGAAAAUUAUGUGAAACAAAUUUUAUUCCUUAAUAUAAUGCCACAUCUCCAUUGUAUUUAUUAUUUUAUAGUUUAUAUACACAGCAUUCAUUAGUGGAGAAAACUGUUAGAAUUACUACUUUUAAAUGACCAGUGGUUAACCCUCCUCUGGAUCUUUGUCAGCUUUUUUGGCUUCCUGAGAUCUCUUAAAGCUGUUUUUACCCUGUUGAACUCAUCAAGAGUAUAUUAAGCAGCUACUAUUUGUAAAGCACAAAGAAGAAAAUACAAGGUAAUUCAGAGAAAGGGAAAUUAUCAACUAAGCACAUCAGGAAAGACUUCCAAUGGAAAAUGGCACUAGACUUGAACCUUAAAGGGAAGGAAAGGAGUAAGAAACAGACAAGAGGAGGAAUUGUUAUUAUUGAACAUGUGGACACCCUGUAAGUAGAAACAGAAUUUGGGGAGUAAGAAGUUGGCCACUUUAGCUUGUAUGUAGUAUGUGAAAAGGUAGGAAUGUGAAGAGUUUUAAAUACUAAGCUCAUAUUUUAUAUGACAGAUACUAGUAAAUAUUUUGGAGAGCGGGUGAUUAUUUUGGAAGCUAUGUAGAGGAGACGGACUGGAGGCAGGGAUACAUAAUAAUUGGAAGACUGCUGGAAUAGUUCAGAUGAGGUGAUUAAGGUAAAAACUUAAGGGUAGAGAAAGGAAUGGUAGGAAAGAUGUUGCAAAGGCAGGAUUGACAAGGUUUUGCAGCUGAUGAGAUGUGGGAGGUGAGGGAGGGUGAAGAUUCCUGAAUGUGUUAUUGACUAAGUUAAGGAGAUUCAAGGGCACUUGGGAAGUUGUAAUUAUGGUAAUGAAAGACCUGGAGAACAUCAGCUAGAGGGAAAUGAAGAGUAUACAGUUUAAAUCUGGAAUGUUCAUUAAUUUAUAUGUUAUUGAAAGUUGACUACACAGGUAUUUUGAAUAACAACUUUUCCCUUGGGAACAUAUUUGCUUGAUAUAAUGAAGCAAACAUCUAUCUCAGUGGGACAUUGGUGGCAACUUUAUGUUGUCAGUAUGGCUAUAUUUUUAGAAGAGGGUGGACUAUAGAUUUAAUGCCAUUUUGCCUAUUGAUCUUAUUGCUAUGGCCUGUCAUAAAUGAUGGCAGCUGUACUUAGUUAGAGUGGUUUCAAUCAAGAUAAAAGCAUUAAAGCAGUUGGAGAAUUGUAAAAAUUAGCUCAUCAGCUAAUCAAAAUUUUAAAGGCUAAUACUAACCAGUAAGAGCUUAUGUUGAGGGCCAUAUCCCAAAUUUAUAUUACUUGCAUAACAGUAACUACUUAAUUUAAUUAAUAGACCUCAAAACAUGAAAAUCUCUCACUCUCUUUGUAUAUGUAUGCAUGUAUUUCUGUUUGCUAGUCUUUCCUUAAUGCCUCUUAAAAAGUCUUUAUUUCUCAUCCUCUUUUCCAUUUUUCUCUUUUUAUUACUUUUCCCUUUGCCUUUUUUCUAUCUUUCUCCUUUUCUUUUUCAUUUCUCUUUUCUGAUUUCCCUAUUCUCCUGCUUUCCAUAUUUAUAAUGUGGAGCUUAAAUACAUUUUUCUUUUAGUGUUUACUACAUUGACAAGAUUUUGUUGUUCCUUCUUCUUAAUUUAAACAGCAGGUAAAUUAAAUAUUGUGUGUUAACUUUAUUUUUUUUUUUUUAAAAAGUCGAGAGGCAGCAUGAAGGAUCAUUGGUCAGAAAACUGACCUUAGUUGGGAAACUCUUGCUUGUAGUGGUACAAAUCACUUACCACUUAGGCCAUUCCUAAGCUGCAGAAUUGUUAGAGUGGGUCUCCCUUCUUGAGAACUCUUACACUGAUGAAAAUGCAGAUUUGGAAACCCUAUCCCCUUCUCCCUCAAAAUUACAAUAAAAGUUGCUUUUUAAAUUUUGUGUAGCCCCUUAAUUGUGAAAGGGGUUGAACACAGCAAGACACAUCAUCAAUAGGAAGAGUUCUCAAUUCUCAUUUAGCCAUAGGGAAUGUGUAUGCAUGGAUAUUUUUCUCUUGCACAUUUUGGAGAUAGUUGUUUUUUUUUCUAUUAAAAACUUUUUAGUAGACUUCUUUCUAUAUUUAUUCUAUACUAAUCUCUUAUUUUGUCUUUAACAUGUUUGAAUGUGAAAUAUAUUUUUGUCAUUUAAGAAAUUUCUUUUUUAGUAUAUACCAAUUGUUGAUUACCAUUGACUAUUGCUUCUUUUAUUUCAAAUAAAUUAGAAUUGGUACCUACAGGAAGAUAAUAUAUGACAUACACUAUUAAUAUCUUACAUGAAUUUUCUGGUUAUUGCUUGUAAAAUAUUUCUGAAGAUUUUGUGUAUUCUAGGCUUUAUUUUCCUUACAUUCUCUUAAGAUAGUUCAAUUAGCCUAGCUUUUACUUUUACUUUUCACUGUUGACUUUGUCAGAAAGUGUUGUAAUAGGAGACAUAGCAGGGGAGAAAUAACUACACUUGAAAGGCCUCUAUGCCAUAAAAAUUUAAACAUUUAAUUGGUGUUCAUUUAUACUUCAUGAGCUGUCAUUAUUUCCAGAUUGAUGGGCAGAAAUGCAGAGAGGGAAAACAAGUUAAUUGUUCUCUUUCUAGCUAGAUUACUUAUUAUUUUGAAAUAAAUUAUGUAUUCCCGAAGGUUUUUUUUUUAAUUCCAGAAGUGUUUUUUAAAGAAAAUUUAAGACUAAAUAAAAGUUUUUUAAGAAAUAUAAGGAAAUGUAAUUUUACUAAUAGUUAAAUGAUAUUUAAUGAUGUAUUUAGAAAUGAAUACUAUUUCCAGUUUUACAGUCUGAUGUUACUACUUCAUUCUACAAUUUCAAAGAACAAAGAAUAAUUUCCUCAAACUGGUUUUAAUUUCAUCUGAUAAAAUACAAUGUAGCUGUUACUGGUAAAAUUUUGCAUAUUCCUUCAUUUUAAGGAUGACCAAUUUUUGAGUAGAAAAAACUUCCACUAACUCAACUAUGUGUCUUUGAGGCAAAUAGGAUCAUGACCAGGCUCAUCUUUGACACUGAUAUAACUUUUUUCUAGAAUUCUUUUUUAAUCCCUAGUAUAAUGAAUACUUUUCAGCUUAUAAAUGCAUUUCAUUAAUGAACUAAAUGAUUAUUAAGUUUGAUUGGUAUUUGAAAGGUCUCAGAUUGAGAUUAGUUCUGUAGUCUGUGCCUUUCAGUAGUUAGUUGUAUGACUUUUAUGUUAAUCAAUUGAUCUCACUGGACUUCAGUUUCUUUACCAGGAAAAGGAAGAGACUGAAUUAAAUAUAAUUUCAAGCCCUUUCCACUUGAAAUCUGAUUUUAAAAAAAUGUUGGAACCUUUAAGUUGUGAAGGACCAAAGAGAAGUUACAUUGAAUUAUUUCAUAUUUCUAGAAGAUACUUAAAUUAUUUUAGUUCUAUAUAGUUUAAAACAAAAAUAUUUACCAGAAAAAUCUUCCCUCUCCCUGACUUAUGAAAUAAAAACUAUAUUGACAUCACUGCAUAUAUUUUGAUUGAAAAUUAACAAUUUCGUUAUUCAGUCAUUUUAUCUGCUUCAGAUCAAGCAAUUUUUUUUUUGCUGAAUUUACCAAAUUGACCAAAAUCAUGAUUUUUAGACAGUUGAUUAUUGACAACUCAGUAUCUAUGUUUUCUGAAACAAAAUGUCCAAGUAUAAAUUAGUCUUGAUACCUGGGAUGUUUGGCCAUUGAAUUUCUUUCCUUUUUUUUUUAAACCUUUACCUUCUGUCUUAGAAUCAUUUGAUUCUAAGGAAGAAGGAAGAAGGGUUAGACAGUACAGAUUAAGUGAUUUGCCCAGGGUCACAUAGCUAGGAAAUAUUUGAGUCCAGCUCCUCCCAACUCCAGGUCUGGUGCUCUUUCUAUUAUACUAGCUAGUUGCCUUGAUGGAUGAAUUUCCCUUUUUUCUUUUUUAUAAACCUUUACCUUCCAUCUUAGAAUCAAUACUGUGUAUUAGUUCCAAGGCAGAAGAGUGGUAAGGCCUAGGCAAUGAGGGUUAAGUGACUUGCCCAGGGUCAUACAACUAGGAAGUAACAGGCCAGACUUGAACCCAGUUCCUCCUAUCUCUGGGACUGGCUCUCAAUCCACUGAGUUACCCAGCUGCCCCUGAUGAAUGAAUUUCUAAAGAAGAGCAUAAUGUUUAGUUUGUAAUAUUUAAUAUUUUCCUUUGAAUUUCAACAUCAUUUUAUUUAGAUUUCGUAGUCUUUUUCCCUUCAAAAUAAUUGUUAUAUCUUUUUUAUAUCAAAAUACUAUAAUACUAUGUAUUAGUAUUGCUGAAUGGUGGCACUUUAGCAGCAGUGUAUGACUUUGCCACACAUUGUCACAUAGCUAUGUAUGUGUAUAUACAUAUGUUUAUAUGUAUGUAUAUUUAUAUAUCUUUAUAAAUGGAUUCUAAGUAGUAUUCAGUAGUAGUGCAAUUUUAUUAUUAAUAAGCAUUUUAAUGCAAGAGAUGAUAUUGAUCUUUGAGAAUUAUUUAAUCACAUUUUAUUUUUGACAUCCACUGGUUAAACUGUGGUAUAUGACUUUUUAUUUUAGUGUUACAUGCUUUAAAUUUCUACCUCUUACUAGAUAUACCAUAGACCAGUGAUGGCGAACCUUUUAGAGACCGAGUGCCUAAACUGCAACCCUCACGCUGCAUGUGAGCCCCCCCACCUUACCCCAGAGAGGGGAGGGAGGAAGAGCUCCCAUUGGGCUGCUGGGCAGAGGGGUGGGUAAUGAGAGAAAUGUCCUCAGGUGCACAGGGAAUGGGGAAAGGGAGCAGCCCCCCCUCUGGCAUACUCCUGCACAUGUGCCAUAGGUUUGCCAACAUGGCCAUAGACCCCAUUAUAUGUAUUAUAUAUUGCUUAUGACUUAGUGUAUUAGAACACUGAACUGAAUCAGAAAGUGGAAUAACAGAAGAAUCUUUGGAGUCUUCAUCUCUAAUGUUUUUACCUUAGUGACCAAUUAAGCUUUUAAGGACUUUUAAAAUGUGCCCCCAUACAUCUUAAAAUUUGUUUGUAAAAAGUUUUAAAUUACAAUACUAGUAGCAAUACCUAUCGUGAACUUUAAAUUUAUUACAAAUUGGUUGAUAAAUUGAUUCUGUAACUAACUUGUAUUAUUAUAGAUCAUGUUUAAAAACUACUUAUUAAUUUCAUUUAAAAAUAAUAAUUUAUAUAUUUGCGUUAAAGCUCACCACUUUGUCCACAUGAACAAAAUUCAUAGAAUUUACAUACCUGAAAGUAAAAUGAUUCCAUGUACAGUUCUUAAUCUAAAGAUGGGUUAACUUUUAAUCAUGGAAGCAUGAUCAUCAGAAAUCAAGAGUAUUUGGUUGAUAUACUCCAACAUGUAAAAGGACAUUAUUGAUAGUUGGAUGGAAAGCAGCAGUUGGAGUAGUUUCUACAUUUUUAAGCUAUUUCUACAUGUUUAAGCUGUAGACUUUAUUUUCAAUAGUAAAAUGAUAUAAGGCUUGAAAGUAGCUAUUCAAAUAAAUGCAUUUUUUAAAUGGUUGUGUUCAAAAAGUGAGGUUUUUCCUCCAUAUUGUCCCAAAUCAUUUUACCUCCUUCUGCACUAUUUUCUCAGAAAUAAUUUCAUCCUGCAAAUUCUCAGUAUCAUUAAAUUCUUUUUUGGAAAGGGAAGAAAAUAAAAUCUUGAGUUUUGAAGAAAGACUUUGUCACCUAAAAUUAGAACCAUCAGUGUACUAAAAAAUAUUGAGUAAUAAUUAGAGAGAAGGUAUUAUUAGUUGCAUCAAAAAAGUCUGCUUUUCUAUAAAUAAAACCAUCCACAAAAUAAAAUUGAAACAAUUUCGCUCCCUCUUCCAUGGAAAGAAGCAUAGAACAGGGAGGGAGUCAGUAUACUCAUUUUAUGAUCUAAAUGCUACCACUAUGUUUAUUUUCUCAGAGAAAUUACUUUGAAAUAGAUAACAACAAAUCAUGAGCCAUUAUUAGUAGACAGUUUCUGAAUUUUUGUCUAGUAGCACUUGUUGAUAUCUUAUUAUGAAAAGCUACUUAAUUUUUAAAAAUUUGUUUCUGGUGUGUCUUAUGGGCUGUUUUCUGACCAGAUAAUAGAGUAUAAAUGUUAACAUCAUUAAUUUUGCAGAUGUGACAAGUUUGGAAGUUUCUUUUUUCCUCUAGCAAUACUUCCUGCUUAUUUGAAUAAACAUUCUAUAUAUCGUUAUCUUUUCACUUCUGUUGCAAUUUCUUAAGGAAAACAAUCUAUCUAAGCAGGUUAUUCUAAUUAGACAUCUCUAAUACUCCUGGUGCCUUGGUUACUGUUUUGGCUACCCAUUUAUCCUUGCCUUUGUUGAUUUACUAUCUUUUUAUACAUUUGUCAAUCUUUCAUCUCAAUCUACUCUCAUCUGCUUAUUGAUUUACAAAUCUAUACUUUAUUUCACUUUAUUUCUAAUUUCUUUUUUUCCUCAUCUCUCAUUUCUUUACUAUGUACAUUUUAAUCUUCC